AUGAAUUGGAUCGACACAUCAGACUACUACAGUAAUGAACAAAUUCAGUCAAAAUUAUUUACCGAAAAUAAUAUUAAUUACUCUGCUUCGUAUACUCUAUCACAGAUGAAGUAUGCUGAGAAAACCAUGCAUCCCUAUCCAAAAAAAAUUAUUCAAAAUGAUGCUAAAAAAUAUUUGCCAUAUCAAAAUCAGGAAAAUAUUAAUUUAAAAAGUCAAGAAUCUGAAGUGAAUUGUACACUGUUAGGUCAUUUAUACAGUAAUGACAAUGAUCUAACAGAGUAUCACGAUGAGAAAUAUCCGCAUUAUUAUUCAUCAAUAUCGACCUAUCUAACAGAAUCGACAAAUUGUCAAUCAGUGCACAGUGCACCUGCAGACAAACACUGGGAUUCGUGUUAUUUGUGUGAUAAUAAGAAUAAUAAUAAUAUUAAUAGUUUUCAUAACGAAACUCAUAAUUACACAAAUCUUUCGGAUGAUUAUACACAUCGAAAAACUAUGUCUGAUUAUUUGAAAUAUGAUCAGUCACUUAUAAAUUAUCAUCCAUAUUCUAUGCCAAAUAAUCUUUAUGAUAAAACCCCUGUUCAAAUGUUGUAUAAACAUGAAGAAAUUCCAGAUCAAUUGCAUUCUACAAAGUAUAAUGAUGAUUAUAAUAAUAUUGAAGAUGUACAACAGACAAGUAUCGAGAUAAAUAAAGAAAUGUUUAGUCAUGUUGGAACAAAAACUUUCAUAUGUCGAUGGAAAUCAUGUCGUUUGACAUUUACAGAUCAUAAAUCAUUUGUAAAUCAUAUUGAAUCAUCGCAUGUUACUGCACAUUUAUCAAAUAAAGAAUAUUAUUGUUAUUGGGAAGGUUGUCGACGUCAAUUCAAGCCAUUUAAUGCACGUUAUAAAUUAAUUGUUCAUUUACGUAUUCACAAUGGUGAUCGACCAAAUAAGUGUACAUAUCCUGGUUGUUUCAAAUCAUUUUCUCGUUUGGAAAAUUUAAAAAUUCAUAUACGUUCACAUACUGGUGAAAGACCAUUUCUUUGUCAACAAGAUGGUUGUGAUCGUACAUUUUCAAAUAGUUCCGACAGAGCAAAACAUCAACGAACACAUAUACAUAUUGUAAGUUUUUUUAUUGGUAAUUUCUUGCAUGAAAAAAUAUCAAUUUUGUUUGUCAUGUCUAGCGGUACUUUAAUCAGCCAUGAAUGUGAUACAAAACUUAGCACUUCUAAGAAGUCGAUUCAUGUUGGUCCACUGCAUUAA